CCCCCUUUUCUCCCCCCCGCACACGCUCGUCCGCACCGACGAAGCUUCCCUCCGGCUCACCCCCGCACCGCACCGCCACCCGGGGAACCCCAGCGAGAAGGGAGGGGAGACGCUGCGGCGGCCGCCGGGCAGGGCAGGACAGCGCGCGCGCGCGUGGGCGCCGGGAGCGAGGGAUCGGCCGGGAUGUCGACGCCGGCGAGGAAGCGCCUGAUGCGCGACUUCAAGCGCCUGCAGCAGGACCCGCCCGCCGGCAUCAGCGGCGCGCCGCACGACAACAACAUCACCCUCUGGAACGCCGUCAUAUUUGGGCCGGAUGACACGCCGUGGGAUGGAGGUACGUUCAAGCUGACCCUGCAAUUCACAGAAGAUUACCCCAACAAGCCACCAACUGUUCGGUUUGUCUCAAGGAUGUUUCACCCAAACAUUUAUGCAGAUGGAAGCAUCUGCUUGGAUAUCCUACAGAACCAGUGGAGCCCUAUAUAUGAUGUUGCGGCGAUAUUGACCUCUAUCCAGUCCCUGCUGUGCGACCCGAACCCGAAUUCUCCUGCGAACUCUGAAGCAGCCAGAAUGUACAGCGAGAACAAGCGCGAGUACAACCGCAAGGUUCGUGAGGUCGUGGAGCAGAGCUGGACAGCGGACUAGCGUCGCCAGAUCCUGCAAUAAGCGACGCCAGGAACGUCUCCAUUUCUGGCUUUGCUGGUGUGUACCACCAAAUUAAAACAUUGAAAACCCCAUGGCCGUUGUGUCCCUGUGCUUAAUGUCCUGUUGUUUUUUCAGUGCUUGUGACCUGUUUGGUGAACUAAGGCAUGUUAGCCAUUGUAAAGAUUUUAUGUUAUAGCUAAGAAGUUGGUGCUGCUUGCGAGUCUUUAAA